AUGGCGCUGCAGACGUCAGACUCCACCCCGUCAUCAUCGUCUUGCUCACCGUCAUCAUCGUCUUGCUCACCGUCAUCAUCGUCUCCCUCACCGUCAUCAUCGUCUUCCUCACCGUCGUCUUCGCCGCCCUCCUCACCGUCUUCUUCGCCGCCCUGCUCACCGUCUUCUUCGCCGUCUUCCUCACCGCCUUCGUCACCGUCAUCGUCUUCGCUCUCGUCGGAUUCGUCUUCAUCGUCCUCCUCUCCGUCCUCGGCGUACUCUUCGUCUCCGUCAUCUUCGUCUUCUUCCCCGUCUCCUCCGCGCUCGCGCACUGCUCCGCAAGGAAGCCUUGUGCAGGCGCCUUCUCUCACUCUGGCGCCGCCGCGCUUGCCGCUCGCUGCCUCUCCCGGUGCAGCUCCCCUCGAUCUUCCGUCGUAUGCACUUCCGCCUGACCAUUCGUUCGCUUCUUCUGCUGUCUGCGCGCCGACUGCACUUCCGGAAGGCGACGCAGGGAAGCAUGACAGCGCCUACCCCCCUGUAAGCACCUUCUCUUGCCUUCCGCCCCGCCCCGUGUCUCUUCAGCUGCUUAGCGACUCCACGCGCGGAGGCUUGACUGCGUUUCCUCCUCCGUCGGCUUUGCCGUCGCCCCUGCCCUCUACGUCGCAUCCGUCGUCUGCGCGUCCCUUCGCUGUCGCUGGCUCUUUGUGCCCGCCCCCCGCGGGCCUCGCCGCUGCGUCGCCUGCGUCUCCACCUUGUCGUUGUGCGUCUUCGGCGUCGCGCGGCGCUCGCGAUAGCAGUGGAGCCGCAGGGGCCGGCGAGCGGAGACUGGGCGCGGAGACGGAAGUAGCGAGCGUCGCCUGCCGCAGCGCCGCCGGCGAAAGGGGGGGAGAGCGGGGAAACAGGAGACCGAGCUUGCUGCAGACCAAGAGAAGAAAAGUGCAAACUGUGGGCGCCGCGGAGGACCUGGCAGCAGAGGGCACGACGCGCGCGGGCGACGAGCGCGCUCAGGCAGAACAACAGACGAAUGAGACUGCGCAAGAGGUAGCGGAAAGCAAGGUCUGGAUGCCCGGCUUCGUCACAGUGUCUGCCUCCUCCUCGCCUCCCACACCUCAGCGCGCUUCGACGCGACCCAGCGUUGACAGCUCCUCCUCCUCCUGCUCCUCGGCCUCGCCUCUCUGCGCUUCUUCGCCGUCCCUGGGGGUGAAGCCGCGACGCGCGGCGCCGGGGCGCGCGCGCUGGGAGGGGCCGCCAGGAGAGCGGAAGAGACAGCGACUGGCUCCGCAAAAGACCUCUGACCCUGAAGAAAUCGCUCCCUCGGUCCUCUGCUGGGACAGCAGCCCCACGAUGUCUGGAAGCGCGGCCUCGCCUCCUGCCUCGCGCGCGGCCGUAGCUCCGCCCCCGCCCCGUGCGUCGGCCCCGUGCGCCGCCGGCGCUUCACCUGCGGCUGCAGCCUCUCGAGAGCGCGACCACCGCGAGGGCGAAGGCGAACGAAGCAGCAGUGAGGCAGCCGCGGCCGCCUUGAAGCCGAGCGAGAUCCGACGGGCUGCCGCACGUGUGAAGGCCGAGAUGGGGGAGGAGACGCAGACAAAACCCGAGACGGCACGCGAGCCUGAGGACGCGCACCUGGAGGGGGCGAAGAGCGCAUGCAAAGGCGAGGAGGCCGCGGGGAGAAAACUCUCUUCCGCAGCGGAGGACGACCCGCAGCGCGCCCUGCCGGUCCCGCGCAUGAAGGCGUCUGAACCGAAUCAAGCGACAACAAACACACCUGGAUCGCAGGAGGAGGCUGCCUCGCCGCCAGGCGCGCCCGCGGCUCACCCUCUCCUUUCAUCGUCGUCUGCCUCUCUGUUCUCUAAAACGUCUUCCUCCUCUCCCUCUUCCUCUUUCUCUUCCUCCUCGUCUUCUUCGUUUGCGGAUAUCCGCCCACCGACGCUGCGCGAGGUCAUUCGGCUCAUCGCGGCGCCGCAUCGUUUGCACGCGCUGCUGGCGAGCGAUGCGGAGAGGCUGCGCGUCGAGGAGGCCAGCAAGCCUGCGCAGGCGGCCAAGGGCCGCAUGCGAGGAGGAAACGAGGAGACGGAGGAGGCGCGGACCGAAUGUCUCUGCUGCGAGGACGCAUGCGACCUCUGUCGUCACAUCACAAGCGCCGCGAAGCAACUCUUCCCUUGGCGCGCAGUCGUGCAGGCCGAGCGGGCGUGCGCGCCCUCCGCGUGUCCGCGCCCGACGGCUGUUGCGGGAGCGGAGGUGAGCGGCGGCGAGGGCGGCGACGAGGGCGCCGCCGAGGCCGGCGAGAGUGUCGUGGCGCCUGAGGACUGGUACACAAUUGAGCAGCUGCGGCGCUGCGACCGCGGAAACAAAUUCUUCUUCCUGCGUGCGCCUCCAGACGUCACUGCGCAGACUGCAGAGAUGCUCGCCGAAAUUCUGCUCACCGACGAAGGCGCCUUCGAUCUCUUCGUUCCCUUUCCCGCGGCGCAUUCGAGCCCAGGUGCGACUCAGCCGCUCAGCGCCUCCCUCGAGACCGCCUCCGCCUCAGCGCCGGCAGAGGCGGAGGCGACGCGCAGCCCAGCAAAACUUACUGCAGAAGUAGCGGAAAACGCCCACGCGGAGGCAGCCAACAGAGAGCGGUCACCAGGCCUCGCAGAGAGCCACAGAGCCUCGCUUCACGCAGAAGAGACACAUCCCAACCUCGGUGCCUUGUUGAAGACGAAGCACGAAGUAGAGACGCGAGAGGAAGUGGUGCGAGCGGAAGCGACGCCAGACGGCGCUCCUGCAGAACUGUGUGGGAGACGCGGCUCCGUGGCAGCCAGGGCGGAGGGCCCCGUGGAAGAUGAACAACAGCGAACGCCUGAGGAGGCAGGAGGGGGGGGAGAGGAUUUGAAUUUGAAGCAGACAGAGGGCGCGAGCGACGCGCGAGGGACGCGCGGGGACCUCGAAGAGGAGGAGGAAAACGAGGGCGACGCAGUCGAAGUCCACGCGGCAGCAGCCGAGCGAGUCAGCGAUCUAAAGACUCUCCGCGGAGCGGGGACAGCGCCGCCGCUUCCUCGCGCGACUCAAUGCCGCCUCCACACACUCCUCGCGUCGCCUUGUGCGUGCAGAGUCCGGCGCCGUCUCGAUCGCGCCCUCGAGUCCCUUUCUCUGCGACUUCGGGCGCCUCGCUGCCGCCCAAACCUCCGCCUGGAUGAACAGGCGGCGGAAGGCGAGGCGGGAACCGGCGAGCGAGAGACACGCGGAGAGGCGUCCGCGCCUUCCGCAUCUUCGCCGUCCUCCGGCUCUGCCGCCUCGCGCGAAGGUCGCCUCCGCGGAGCGGCCGCAGAGCUGCUUUCCCGCAGGUUGUGCGUCUUCUGUCGAGAGGAAGAGGCAGCGAAGGAGAGCCCUCAGACCGACGGAGACCAAGGCAGACGCGAGCCGGCGGCCUGGACUGCCGCGGGCCCGGGGGGCCCCCAGAGCGCCCCCGGCCCCGGGGACGGGGGCGGCGGGGAGGCGGCCGCGGAGGAGGCCGCCAGCGAGCGAAGAAGCGAGGCGCAGGCGCCAGGCGCCCACGGCGGGAUCCGAGGGCCUGAGGACUCGCAGGUGGCGCGAGACGCGACCUGGAUUGCGCAUCGGCUCUUCCAUUCGGCGCCGGCUGCCGGCGCGCCGACGUCGGGCGCUUCGGAAGGGGACCCACUCCGAGCCGCCUCGCCCUCGCCCUCGGCCUCGGGCGCGUCGCCAGCCGAGUCCCCGACAGGCUCUGAGGGCGUGCGGGCCCCUGCGAGCCGCGCCCCCUUUCCGCCGAGCUGGACAGGAGGGCCCACUGCAGAGGCCGCGAGACAGAGCGGAGAAGAACGCGAUCCUCUUUUCGCUGAGCUCUUCCUGCGCCUCCACGGGGCGGCCUGGAGGGCCUCGCUUCUGUCUGCUUCCUCAACGUCGCCGGCCUUUCUCACCCGUCCUCUGUCUCCGUCUCUUCUUCCUCCUUCUCCUUCGUCGCUUCCUCCAGCCUCUUCACCUUCCUCGUCGGCACCUUCAGGCGCGCCACCGCCGUCUUGGCGGUCGCCGUCGCCGCCGCGGCGUCUGGCGGUCGAGAGGCUGCUGCGCGUGGAGGCGCCGCGCCCCCCGCGGCGCAGCUUCGUCCUCGUCGAGUCGCUGCAGGGGGCGGCGUCGCUCGUGGAUCCGUACUUCCACGUGCGGCAGAGCGCGUUGCUUUAUCGCAAGCACUCAAUCCCGUCAUGGCUGGUGCCGUCUCCGCCGCCCGAUGCCGAGAUCGCGGCGCGACGGCUCAACGCGUCCGAGGGGCCUUCCGCGCCGGCGGCCGCGGCGGGGCGGGCAGGGCGAGGCCGCGGCAGGCGCGGAGGGCGCGGAAGGCGAGGCGCCAGGCGCGGAGCGGAGAGCGCCAGCGAGGGAUCAAGAGUUGGGAGCGCAGGCGCCGUUGAAAAAACGGGCGAAGAAGACGAGCCCGAAGGGGACACAGGCGGAGGUGACGCCGCGCACAUCGUGGGCGCCGCGCCGCAGUGUCUCAGCACCAUGCCGCCGCCCAGAAAACUCUUCCGAGGCUUCCUUCUCAAUCACGACGGGACUCUCCCGCAGAACCUCGCCUCUCAGCUGCUGCGAAACCGCGAGGUUUCUAGAAUGGAGCAGCUGCGCCAGCAAGCUUUCCUCGAGGCAGAGGCCGUCGAGUGGCCUGCGGUACCGCCGCCAGAGCGCUUCCCAGAUCGCCGGCGGACACGCUACGAACUCGCCAUCAGAGGCAAGCGCGUAAAACUGCAAAAGUCGCGAAUCCACGGCUACGGAGUCUUCGCUGUCGACUGGAUUCGCGCGGGCGAGGUCAUCAUGGAGUACGUUGGUCAGGCUUACGCCUACAAGCAGCGGAAGGGCGGCGUCGACGGCGAGGAGCCCAGUCUGGCAGAAAUUCGAGAAGCGCGCUACGACUGGCAACACGGCAACUGCUACAUUUUCUCGCUGGACUCCGAGAAGGGCCAGACAGACGGCGCCGGCGCGAGCUCGAAGACCAAGUUCAUCGACGCUACAGACAGCGGCAACCUGGCAAGAUACAUUAACCACAGCUGCGAGCCGAACUGCGAGUCCGUGCGGAUGCCUCACAACGCCGUCGCGAUCGUCGCUCUGCGUGACUUGCUCCCGGGGGAGGAGCUCUUCUACGACUACCAGUAA